CAGAAAGCUCGCAAAUCUGAAAUUAUUGCUGUUUCCUUCCUAGUAGCACGCCCCUUGUCACACCCAGGCGGCACACUUUAUUUACUCCUUCACCUCCCAACGUUGUAGACGUUUCGUGGUUAGUAGUAACUACCUGACUAAAGUGGUGGGUUUCUGCAGGUUUUCUCUGCAGUUUCACCAACUAUCUCGUCUGAUUUUCUCAUAAUUAACAGUAGUACGGUCGCUGUUAUUUUGCACAACGGUCUCCUCGCCAUGGCACAGAAUGAUACAGUUAUGGUGUUAAAGAUGAAUGACGGGUCUCGGAUGCCAGCAGUUGGACUGGGAACUUUCGCACCGAAUGGAAGUGUCCAAAAAUGUGACUGUGUUAAAGCCAUAAAGUAUGCUAUUGAGAUUGGUUAUCGUCACUUUGAUGGGGCAUUUUUCUAUGGGAACGAAAAUGAAGUGGGUGAAGCUAUAAGGGAGAAGAUUAAAGAUGGAACAGUGAAGAGAGAGGAUAUCUUUUACACUGGAAAGCUUUGGUGUACUUACCUCCGUCCUGAGCUGGUGCGCAAAGGAUUGGAAGAGAGUCUGAAAAGCCUGCAAUUUGACUACAUUGAUCUCUUCAUUAUUCACUGGCCUGUCCCCCUGCAGCCUGGUGAUGAUUUAUACCCUAAAAAUGAGUCUGGAGAAUUGUAUGACAAUGUGGAUCUUUUAGCCACAUGGGAGGCUUUGGAGACCUGCAAAGAUGCAGGUCUGGUGAAAUCUAUUGGUGUCUCAAACUUCAAUGCUAGACAGUUGGGGAAGAUUUUGAAUAAACCAGGACUCAAGUAUAAACCAGUCUGCAAUCAGUCUGACAGAUAA